AUGAAGUCCUUCGCUCCUCUUUCCCUCCUUACCAUGGCGCUGGCCGCCGUGGGCGACGCCGCUGCCGUCCCUACCAAGACCCUCAACCGUCGUGCCGACUUCUGUGACCAGUGGGGUUCGGUCACCACCGGUAGCUACAUCGUCUACAACAACCUCUGGGGCCAGAGCUACGACACCGCCGGCAAGCAGUGCACCGGUGUUGACUCCCUGAGCGGCACCACCAUCGCCUGGCACACCUCUUGGUCGUGGGCCGGCACCGCCAACCAAGUCAAGAGCUACGCCAACGUUGCUCUGCAGUUCACCGCCAAGAAGCUGAGCGCCGUUACUAGCAUCAAGUCCAACUGGAAGUGGAGGUAUGUAGAACUUCUACCCGCGGAAGCUAUGACCCGCAUGAGAUCAGACUUCAAUGGAACCAACCAGCUAACACGGCCCUUCCACAGCUACACCAGCACCAGUGUCGUCGCUGACGUCGCCUACGACAUGUUCUUGAGCUCCACUGCCGACGGCUCCGAGGAGUACGAGAUCAUGGUCUGGCUCGCUGCCCUGGGCGGCGCUGGCCCCAUCUCCUCCACCGGCUCUGCUAUCGCCACCACGACCAUCAACGGUGUCACCUGGAACUUGUACAAGGGCCCCAACGGCAGCAUGACCGUCUACAGCUUUGUCGCCUCUUCCACCGUCACCAACUUCUCCGGUGAUUUGCUCGCGUUCUUCACCUACCUUGAGCAGAACCAGGGUCUCAGCUCUAGCUUGUACCUUACUCACGUUCAGGCUGGUACUGAGCCUUUCACCGGUACCUCUGACCUCACUGUCUCCUCUUACUCUGCUGUUGUUGUUUAA